AUGGGAGAGACCUAUGACAUUCCGCUGACUCUCGGCGCGUUGUUGGUCGGCGGCUCCGUCGCGCUAUUUCUGAGCGGAGUCGUCGCCGUGCAAUGCAUCAUCUUCUUCAAGCUGUACCCCGGCGAGGGCGUCCGGUCGAGGGCGAUGGUGUUGAGCGUGUGGCUGUUGGAUUCGCUGCACUCGGCAUUCAUCGUCACGUCGCUGUAUAUAUACUUCAUCCGAUUGUUCGGAGAUGCUUCAAAGACCUGUUUAUUCCCUGGUCUAUCGGCGUGCGUGGGCUCGUUUCAUACUCAAGAUCUGAAGGACUGA